AUGACUGCCUGGCAUCCAUCUUUACAGCAUGAGGCUUGUGAACAUCAGACUGUUCAACAUCACAGCUCAUGGUAUCAUGUCUUCAAACACAAGACUUCAGAUCAGGAGAAUUUUAGGCAAGAGAAUUCUCAACAUCGACCAUCUGGACAUCAGAAUUUUGAGCACAAAACCUUGGGAGAAGUUACUUCAGGGAAGCAGAACUCUAGGCACAAGACAACUACAGGCUGCACUGCUGCACCUCUUCUGCCUGACAAACCUUUCUUUGUUGUUUGGAAUCACCCUACAGGAGAAUGUCGAGCCAAGGGGGUCGACCUUGGUUUUGAGAAAUGGGGCAUUGUGGACAACAACCAUGACAGUUUUAUUGGGGAGCAGAUUGUCUUGUUAUAUCAGCUUGGUCAGUUUCCAUUCUACUCUGGAAGCAAUCCUCAUAACGGUGGGAUUCCACAGCUGGGAAAUUUGAGCAGUCAUCUAAAAAAGGCCAGCAUUGAUAUCAGCAGAAAGAUAGCUUCUCCAUCUUUCUCAGGUUUGAGUAUCAUUGAUUUUGAGGCUUGGCGCCCAUUGUUUUACCUCAACUUCGACCGUCUAAAAAUUUACCAACAGAAAUCAAUUGAGCUGGCUCAGCAGAAGUUCCCACAAUACAACAGGUCUCAGAUACAGCAGGAAGCAGUCACAGAAUUUGAGGAAGCAGCAAGGUCAUUUUUGGAGACAACCCUGCAGCAGGCUUCGCAGGCUCGGCCCGGUGGCAGGUGGGGCUACUACGGCUACCCACGAUGUUGGGACACAUAUUGUAAUACAUCCACAGUGACAAUUAAUAAUAGGAUGAGCUGGAUAUACAAUAUUAGCACUGGUCUUUAUCCAUCAAUUUACUUCCCACGAGGAUCAUCAGCUGGUGGUCGGGUUCAUAAUAUUAUCCAUGAAACUCUGCGAGUCAAGGCUACGUGGACUCCUCCGGAUACAGUUAUUCUUCCAUACUCACUGUGCCAAGAUGAUGCAUAUGACGUAUUCAGUGAGACUGACCUGUCACACUCCAUUCUGCAGCCGGCGGAGAUGGGAUCUUCAGGUGUUGUUCUCUGGGGAAGCUCUGCAUACAUGCAGGCCAAAAAUGAAUGUCUUGUCCUGCAACAGUACAUCAAUACAACACUGGGCCCAUAUGUGCUCAAUGUGACCAGCUUUUUUGCCAACUGCAGCCAGCAGUUGUGUACGGGUCAUGGUCGAUGCGUGAAAAAAGAUUAUGAGAAAGUGUACCAGUAUUACCUUAGGAAACGGGGAGAUUCGAGCUGUUUGCUUCCAGAUAGUGUACUGGCUAGGAAAACUGAAAGAUCCAAGGCAGAAACAAGUAAAGGCACUUUGAGUGAUGUAUUAAGAUUUAACUCUGAACAUUUCAACCCUCACUUAAACAUGAACUCUUGGCAAUCUAAAGAUGAUCAGAGAGAACAACUGUGGUCUAAUUUUGAUGAUUAUGUUUGUAAAUGUUUUGCUGGUUGGCACGGCGAUCAUUGUGAGCAUCCAACAGCAGAUUAG